AUGCGCCAGGGGAAGAAGCGGUCGCCCGUGCCGCCAACAUCGACACAGCAGGGGGAGGCACCUGUGGUCCAGCCCCAGCAGGUGGCAGAGACGGUGCCGGACAGCAGCCAGACGGAGGUGGCACCUGCGCGCCGAGGGUCCUUAGCCGCCUGCCGGCCUCCUUCUUUGCUUCGGGAGGACCGCCUGCAUCGGCGGAGCUUGUCAAACCUUGCGGAGGUUGAGGUGCCAACUGACGCCGACCAGCUCCUGAAGGUCCAGGCGCCGAAGCUGGAUUUCCUGGAUGCGCCAGCCUCGCCCAAGCGCUUGAUGCUCACUUCACAGAAGACCUGGGAGGCUGACAAAGGCUCGACGGCAGCGGCUUGA